CCCAAAGCCAACUAACCAAAAUGAGAGACACACAGAAUUCAUAGAUAGAACAAGAAGAGAACCAAAACACAAACACUCACAAAUUUCUGUAUCUUUUUCUCUCAAAGUCUCUCACUCUCCACCCAAAUACAAAAAACCAACAAAAAUGGCCUCCUCUUCCUUGUCUCUCUCCCUCUCCUCUCUACACCACCACCACACCUCCACCACCCCACUUAUCCUACGCACCUCUAAGCCCCUAAACCUGCGCACCACCACCCACACCUACAGACCCAACUCCAUAAAAGCCUUUUCUGCACCAGUUCUCACCCAAGAUGACCUCAAGAAGCUGGCUGCAGACAAGGCUGUGGAGUACGUGAAGCCCGGCAUGGUCCUCGGACUCGGCACCGGCUCCACCGCCGCCUUUGUCGUCGCCAAGCUCGGCCAUCUCCUCAAGACUGGUCAGCUCUCUGACAUUGUUGGUGUCCCCACCUCCAAACGCACCGAGGAGCAAGCUCGCCAACUGGGUAUCCCUCUCUCAAUUCUUGACGACCACCCUAGCCUUGAUCUUGCCAUAGAUGGGGCUGACGAGGUUGACCCGGAUUUGAACCUCGUGAAAGGCCGCGGAGGAGCACUUUUGCGAGAGAAAAUGGUGGAAGCUGCCUCGGCCAAGUUUGUAGUGGUUGCAGAUGAUACGAAGCUAGUGACGGGACUAGGAGGAAGUGGGUUGGCAAUGCCGGUUGAGGUGGUGCAGUUUUGCUGGAAGUAUAACUUGAUAAGGUUGCAAGAGUUGUUUAAAGAAGAAGGGGUUGAGGCAAAGUUGAGGUUGAGUGAAGGUGGGAAACCAUAUGUGACAGAUAAUUCCAAUUAUAUUGUGGACUUGUAUUUCAAAACACCAAUAAGAGAUGCAUUGGCGGCUGGGAAGGAGAUUUCGACAUUGGAAGGGGUUGUGGAACAUGGGUUGUUUUUGAAUAUGGCGACUGCGGUGAUUAUUGCAGGAAAGAAUGGGGUGGAGGUGAAGAAUAAGUGAGAUUUUGUGGUUUUUGACUGUUUGAGGUUUUAUGUGACUGUUGUUGUUCAAUAUAUAUAUACUUUAAUGAUUUUGGGCUUAUUGUUGCCACUCUUAUAUGGGUAAUCCGGGCACUUUUUUGCAUUACUUGGGCAUUUUGAAUUGUAUCACUAGAAUUGGAAUAAUGUUUAAUGAGGGGAAUGGGAUAAAGUGAAAUUAUUUAAUGGAAAAUUUCAUGCUAAUGUGAUUUUGGGGCAUGCAUUAAUGGUUUAAA